ACAAGUUGCAAGUAUUAUUCACCGUUAAUACUCAUCCAAACACAACUCUCUCUCUUUCAAUCUUGAGUACAGAAAUAAAGUUGAAUGGCAGCCAAAUCCAAGAGUCUUCAGGUGAUCGGGAAGCACUUAGUUAACAGCCUCCGUUCAUGCGCUUUCCCACGCGCCGUGGCAUCUGAUCUUUCCGCUUCUCGUGUAUUGCUUAACAGGAAUGCUCGCACAUCAGCGUAUGAUAAGAACGUAGAGGAAGAAUUGCAACCGAGUAAAGUGCCUGAUGAAUUGAUAAAGUCCGAGUCUGACAAAUAUUGGUCUCCGCAUCCUCAAACCGGUGUCUUUGGACCUUCCUCAUCCUCCACCACCGACACGGCUGACGAGAAGCUUUCUCGCGGUAGUCAAGAGGACUCAGGAAUGGAGGAGAAAGCUUGGUUCCGUCCAACAAGUCUGGAGGAUUUGAACAAGACUCACCACUCCUAGCAAACAAACUCUUUCCUUUAUGUUAUGUGUGUUUCCGGAGUGUUGUAAUAAAAUUUGACGUCGAAUUAUUAUGUUGCAAUAGCAGACUAAACUUUCGGUGUUAUGAUGUUAUAUGAAUGUGAUUUGUUGUUGUAACG